AUUACCAGGUGGCUUCGUUUAUGGACGACGCACACGUCUGUCUUUCCUCCACAUCCUGAGCAUAUUUCCUUUACUUAGCAUAUUACUCCGGUGUCCGACAGAACACACGGACAAGGGUUUUCAGUUGUCACUAUUCAUUGAGUACAUUGUUUGCAAGGUUCCGUCGAUGUAAUUGUUACAAUGAACCGCAGAAGGUUCAUAACAAGACUACUUAAACAGGAAAGAAAAACAACUUGCCGAUGACUAGCGACACAACGAAAAGAUCUGUACAUAACGUUAUAGCUAGCUACUGAAUAGCUCUAAGGUAGUUAGCUAGCUAGUAGUGGUUCUUACGAAGAUGGCGGGGGUGUUUGAAGUGGAGGUAGACGGUGUAGAGCACAAUCAUGAUCAUGGACAUCACGCGGAAGAGGCUGUGAUUGAUAUUUCCCAGCUCUCACCGGAGGAGAAAUGGAGGUUAGAGCAUGCCAGGAUGCAUGCCAAGCAUAAGGGCCACGAGGCAAUGCAUGCUGAAAUGGUUCUCAUCCUUAUUGUCACACUUGUCAUCGCUCAGCUCGUGCUGGUACAGUGGAAGCAGAGACACCCAAAAUCGUACAACAUGAUAACAUUAUUCCAGAUGUGGAUAGUACCACUGUACUUCACCACUAAAUUGCACUGGUGGCGAUUUCUUAUAACUUGGUUCAUCUUCUCUAUGGUGACUGCUUUUGUUACCUUCCGUGCCACACGAAAGCCACUGACAUGUACCACUCCAAGGCUGGUAUAUAAAUGGUUCCUCUUGCUGUACAAGAUCAGCUACACCACAGGGAUCAUUGGAUACAUUGUCAUCAUGUUUACCCUUUUUGGCCUUAACCUGCUUUUUAGGAUAAAGCCAGAAGAUGCUAUGGACUUUGGUGUGUCUUUGCUCUUUUAUGGUCUUUACUACGGUGUCCUCGGCCGUGACUUUGCAGAGAUGUGUGCUGACUUCAUGGCUUCAACCAUAGGGUACUAUACAACAUCUGGUAUGCCUACCAAAAGCCUGUCAGACAACAUUUGUGCUGUUUGUGGCCAGCCAAUUCUGGUGGAUGUCAGUGAGGAGGGCAUCAUUGAAAAUACCUACAGAUUGUCCUGCAACCAUGUAUUCCAUGAAUUCUGCAUUAGGGGCUGGUGCAUUGUGGGGAAGAAACAGACCUGCCCAUACUGCAAAGAGAAGGUGGACCUGAAAAGAAUGUUCAGCAACCCGUGGGAAAGACCGCAUGUUAUGUAUGGACAACUGUUGGACUGGCUUCGCUAUCUGGUUGCUUGGCAACCAGUAAUAAUUGGACUAGUGCAAGCAAUUAACUACUUUUUAGGACUGGAAUGAAAAUGACUAAAAAUGUCAGAAAAGAGAUUAAUAAGGUGGACAGUAACUCCUCAUACGCAAACGGACACCUCUUGGAUCCAUGACGAAACCAGUGUGUUUGUUUUUUUUUGUUUGUUUAUAAAUGUAUUUUGAGUGUACAUGCACAAUAAGUGCUUACUGGUAUUAAAACUAAUCUGAAUUGUA